CGCCGCCGGCUCCGAGGGGGCCAUGCAGCAGGUCCUGGACAACCUCAUGGCCCUGCCCAACUCGCCGGUGGCCGCCGACCUGGACCUCAUCUUCCUGCGCGGCAUCAUGGAGAGCCCAAUAGUAAGGUCCUUGGCGAAGGCCCACGAGCGUCUGGAGGAGACGAAGCUGGAGGCCGUGCGGGACAACAACGUGGAGCUGGUGCAGGAGAUCCUGCGGGACAUCGGGCACCUGGCGYGCCAGGACAGCGCCGCGGCCGAGCUGGCCCGCAUCCUGCGCGAGCCCCACUUCCAGUCGCUGCUUGAGACCCACGACUCGGUGGCCUCCAAGAGCUACGAGACCCCCCCGCCCAGCCCGGGCCUGGAUGCCGCCUUCAGCAACCAGCCGGUGCCCCCCGACGCCGUGCGCAUGGUCGGCAUCCGCAAGACGGCYGGGGAGCACCUGGGCGUGACGUUCCGCGUGGAGCGGGGCGAGCUGGUCAUCGCGCGCAUCCUGCACGGCGGCGCCGUGGACCAGCAGGGCCUGCUGCACGUGGGCGACGUGAUCCGCGAGGUGGACGGGCGCGCGGUGGGCAGCGACGCGCGGGCGCUGCAGGAGCUGCUGCGCGCUGCCAGCGGCAGCGUCCUGCUCAAGAUCCUGCCCAGCUACCAGGAGCACCCGCCGCCGCGCCAGGUCUUCGUCAAGUGCCACUUCGACUACGAGCCCAGCGCCGACAGCCUCAUCCCCUGCAAGGAGGCCGGGCUGCGCUUCGCCGCCGGGGACCUGCUGCAGAUCGUCAACCAGGACGACCCCAACUGGUGGCAGGCGCGCCACGUGGAGGGUGGCACCGCCGGCCUCGUCCCCAGCCAGCUCCUGGAGGAGAAGCGCAAAGCCUUCGUCAAGCGGGACCCCGAGGUGGCCCCCACCGCCGGCGCCCUGUGCGGCAGCCUGGGCGGCAAGAGGAAGAAGAGGAUGAUGUACGUGACGACGAAGAACGCUGAGUUCGACCGCCACGAGCUGCUCAUCUACGAGGAGGUGGCGCGGAUGCCGCCGUUCCGGCGGAAAACGCUGGUGCUCAUCGGGGCGCAGGGCGUGGGGCGCCGCAGCCUCAAGAACAAGCUGCUGCUCUCGGACCAGGCGCGCUACGGCACCACCGUGCCCCACACGUCGCGCAAGCCCAAGGGCAGCGAGCGGGACGGCCAGGGCUACCGCUUCGUGUCGCGGGCCGAGAUGGAGGCCGACAUCCGCGCCGGGCGCUACCUGGAGCACGGCGAGUACGAGGGCAACCUCUACGGCACCCGCAUCGACUCCAUCCGCGCCGUGGUGGCCGCCGGCAAGAUGUGCGUCCUCGACGUCAACCCCCAGGCGGUGAAGGUGCUGAGGACGGCCGAGUUCGUGCCCUACGUGGUGUUCAUCGAGGCGCCCGACUACGAGACGCUGCGGGCCAUGAACCGGGCGGCGCUGGCCAGCGGCGUGGCCACCAAGCAGCUCACGGACGCGGACGCCCGGCGCACGGUGGAGGAGAGCGGCCGCAUCCAGCGCGGCUACGGCCACUACUUCGACCUGAGCCUCACCAACGCCGACCUGGAGCAGACGUUCGGGCGGCUGCGCGCGGCCAUGGAGCGCCUGCGCCACGAGCCCCAGUGGGUGCCCGUCGCCUGGGUCUACUAGCCCCGGCACCCGCCGGCACCCCACUGCUGUCACGAGCUGGCCGCGCUCAGCCGGGAGCUCAUGGAGGGGCCGGGGAGGGGGGACACCCCUGUUUUGUGCCCCCCGUUUCCAGCCUGUCCCUCGCUCCCCGUCCUGGCGUGGGGGGCGUGGGCGGGGUGUGGGACCCUCCCCGUGGCUUCUGGGGCUCCGUCCCCCUCCCCAGCGCCCGCACAGCUGAUUCACUGCCAAAAUAGCCCCCCAGCACCCCCACUUUUAUCCCCCUGGCCUGGUCCUCCCCGCCGCCCACUCCACGGGGUGUCACGGGUUUGG